GGUCAGCCCGCCCCUCCCCGUUAUCGUCCCGGGGAUGGGCGCCUCACCUGUCAUACAUAUAGCGCGGCCCUGGCUUCCUUAGCAGUCCUCCGCCAAGCCUCCUGCCCUGGGCGCGGCACCUCGGGGAGCAAUGCAUCCCAAAUAAAGGCGCGUCCCACAAACAGGUGCCGGGGGGGACGCGGCUUUACCUCCCGGGCGUGCAUGUGAUGCCCUGAGCUCAAUGCAGACGUGAGACCUCAUUCCCCAAAAGAGCCACCGUUAUGGCUGAAACUGGAAUUAAGAGACGGAAACCGAAGCUUCUGGGAUUUUGUAUCAAAACCUGUUUCCUGCAGUUUUUCGUGGUCUCGGUGUUCGGUGAGGAGAAGACCUUCAUUGUAGAGAGUUGGUUAAAAACAUAUGGAUACCUGCUUCCAUACGACAUCCGAAUUUCAGCUUUACAUUCGGGAAAAGCUAUGCAGUCUGCCGUGGCAGCGAUGCAGCAGUUCUACGGGAUUCCUGUGACCGGGGUGCUGGACCAAAACACUAUCGGGUGGAUGAAAAAACCUCGCUGUGGAGUACCUGACCUGCUGCAUAUAAGCCAUAGAAGACGGAAUAAACGAUAUGCACUAACAGGACAGAAGUGGAGACAAAAGCACAUUACAUACAGCAUACACAACUAUACUCCAAAAGUUGGAGAGCUGGACACAAGGAAAGCAAUACGGCAGGCAUUCGACGUAUGGCAAAAAGUCACUCCGCUGACUUUUGAGGAGAUCCCGUAUCAUGAGAUUAAGAACGAGCGGAAAGAGGCUGACAUUAUGAUAUUUUUUGCCUCCGGUUUCCAUGGAGACAGCUCUCCGUUUGAUGGAGAAGGUGGAUUUUUGGCACAUGCCUACUUUCCUGGACCUGGGAUAGGAGGUGACACCCAUUUUGACUCAGAUGAGCCGUGGACGCUAGGAAAUUCCAACCAUGAUGGCAAUGAUUUAUUUCUCGUAGCUGUUCAUGAGCUUGGCCAUGCCCUGGGACUGGAGCAUUCCAAUGACCCCAGUGCUAUCAUGGCUCCUUUCUACCAGUACAUGGAUACGCAUAACUUCAAGCUUCCCCAGGACGACUUACAAGGGAUCCAGAAAAUAUAUGGUCCUCCUGCUCAAGCGAUGGAGCCUACAAGACCUCUGCCGACUUUGCCUCCACGUAGAAUCCAUUCCACCUCAGAACGAAAGCAUGAAAGGCAGCCGAGACCUCCCCGACCUCCACCCGGAGAUAAGCCUUCCAGUCCAGGAUCCAGGCCAAACAUAUGCGACGGAAAUUUUAAUACAGUAGCACUUUUUAGAGGAGAAAUGUUUGUUUUCAAGGAUCGUUGGUUUUGGCGUCUUCGUAACAAUAAAGUGCAAGAAGGGUACCCCAUGCAAAUCGAACAGUUCUGGAAAGGUCUUCCUGCAAAAAUAGAUGCGGCGUACGAGCGGUCGGAUGGGAAAUUUGUGUUCUUUAAAGGAGACAAGUACUGGGUUUUUAAGGAGGUCACCGCCGAACCAGGGUACCCCCACAGUUUAGUGGAGCUGGGGAGCUGUCUUCCGCGGGAAGGUAUUGACACGGCCUUACGGUGGGACCUGGUAGGCAAAACGUACUUCUUUAAGGGGGACAGAUACUGGCGGUAUAAUGAAGACAAGCGGGCCGCAGAUCCAGGGUACCCCAAAUCAAUCAGUAUAUGGAAAGGGAUCCCGGAGUCACCCCAAGGAGCCUUUGUGAGCAAAGAAGGAACGUACACCUAUUUCUACAAAGGAAAGGAAUACUGGAAGUUUGAUAACCAAAAGCUGAAUGUGGAGCUCGGUUAUCCGAGGUCGAUCGUCAAAGACUGGAUGGGCUGCAACCUGAAGGACCUCGACAGCAGCAAAGACCGGCAUUUGCCCCACGACGACGUGGAUAUUAUGGUUACGAUAAACGACGUUCCCAGCACCGUAAACGCCGUGGCAGUGGUAAUCCCGUGUAUAUUGUCUUUGUGCAUACUUGUCUUGGUAUAUACUAUUUUCCAAUUUAAAAACAAAGGAGUCCAGCAAAACGUUACCUACUACAGACGCCCCGUGCAGGAAUGGGUAUGACAAGACACCGAACUUUUUAUUUAUUUAUUUUGUUUUUAGUUUCUAUGAGGGCUACAGGAUUCCGGGAGAUCCAGUCCAUGAGACAAACUUUUAAACGGACCGGGAUCCUUGAAGAUCCUUAAGUUUACUUGUAAGGAGAGACGCUAAGGAAUACGGAGAUGGCCUUACACAAAGGAGCCUCUAACAUUCUUCCUGCCUCAUACUUGUAUUUUUUCCUAGUGUGCCAUUUUUCAGGUCCACUUUGUGACUGCUGGGUGCAUCGCUUUGGAAUUUAACAAGAA